AUGGCGACACCCACUAAUGGCAACGGUAAUCUCAUCGAUGAAUUUGAAGAAGCAUUUCAGGUACAAAAUAUAUAUAUAUAUAUUUUUUUAAAUAUUUCUGUAAAACGAGAUUUUAGAGAUUACAAAUUUGCUUUUUUUAUGAUUCUUUUCUAAAUAUAAAAUACAUUUUACAGCAAUGUUUAAGUAUAUUGAUAACGAAAGACGAAGGGUUAGGAAACAAUGGAAUUGGAGUGUCUGGUGGUUUGACUGUGGAUAAAGAAGAAGCACGUAGUGAAGUUGAACAAGUCACGCUGAGGUUUAUAGAUCUAGCAAGACAGAUGGAAGCUUUCUUUCUACAGAAACGAUUUUUGUUAUCUGCGUUAAAACCAGAAUUAGUAGUAAAAGAAGAUAUCAAUGAUCUUAGAGUAGAAUUAGCGCGUAAAGAAGAUCUCAUAAAAAGGCAUUAUGAUAAAAUUACAGUAUGGCAGAAUUUAUUAGCAGAUUUACAAGGUUGGGCAAAGUCACCAGCUCAAGGUCCAGCGCCCAAUGGUUUGCCAAAUGGUACUCAAAGUGGACAAAACCAACAAAGUGCCAAUGGAGGUGGAAAUGCAACAAUGCAACAACAACAGCAAAUAUUACAUCAGCAACAAAUACAACAGCAACAACAGCAGUUGCAACAUCUACAACAACAUCAAAUGCAACAACAACAACUUCAUCAGCAACAGAAUAUAUGUGAUGUGAAAUUGCAGGUGCAGCAAGGAUCUGGUGCACCUCCUACAUCAGGUCUUCAAGGAGUUGGAGUUUCAGUUGGACAACAAGGAAUGUUUAUGACACAAGGAGGAGUAGGCGUGACUGGCACACGGGGUGGAUUUCCCGUUGCAGGUGUAGGAAGUAGUGCCCUCCAGGGUCCUCUCGCUUUCCUGGAAAAGACAACGAGCAAUAUAGGAAUGCCCGAAAGGCGGAGUUGA